AAAGUUUGGUCAAAUUUCUUGAAAUACAUCAAGAAGGACUGGUCAACCAAGCACUACGUUGGAGAAGAUCACGCUGGUCAUCGUUAUUACGAAUUAGUCAAUACUCGUCAGAAUGUUACAAGAGGUUUUGAUCCACCUCCGAGCAGACCAGACUCACAACCUGGUGUGGAAUGGCAGUCUUGGCUGAAGGGUACUCGGCGGUUCCCUCCAUCUGACCAGGAGCUGGCACUAAAUCAAAUGAGAGGGAAAGCACAACUUGCCCAAAAUACGGUGACUGAAAAACGAGCACCACGCAUAGAUACCAAGGAUCCUCCACCGGACAAAGACAAGCCUGCACCAUUUCCGAAAUACGACGAUAUGGAAUCAGCACCAGGGGUGAAGAAAGGCGAUUAG